GUGCUACCGUGAAAAUGUGCGGCGCGUCGUUGUCGUGUGUUUCGCUGUGAAAACUGAUUUCAUUUCAAAUUGAGAGACAGAGAAAGAGAGAAAACUUACGCAUAAAGCAAAGCAAAACAAUAUUUAAAAAUAGACAAAUUUUACGUUGAAAUCAAAAUGAAAAGUGCAUCGAAAUGAAAAUGUAAAUGAAAAGCAAAAACGAUCGGCAACUAAAAUAAAAUGUGGAAACAAUCAAUUGAGUUGAACCCUUAAAAAACAAGACAAUAUCCAAAAAUAUAAAUAUAAAUAACAAUUGCCCCGAAAACGCCAACAACUUGGCAACAAGUGAAACCAACAACAACAACAACAACAGAGACUUUCCAGCAGCAAACUGCGUUGGUCGAAACAAUCAUCGGGCCAAAAAUAACAACAGCAGCCGCGGCAGCAACAGCAGAAAUAUCGUCGACGUCAGUUCCAGCAACAAGCAACAUUUGUUGCAGCAACAUUUGAUGGUCGCACUUGCAACUCGAUGUUGUUGCUUCUUUUAGCGUUCAUCAUGAGAUUCGUAGACAUUUCCAAAGUGCAACGACGGCAACGUUGCCCGGCCUGCGCCACAGCUGGCGUUGAUUGCUGCCCCCACAUCGAUGACAACGGCAACACAAUGCCUUGCUGGCAACAUGUUGCUGUCACCAGCAACAGCAGCAGCACCAGCAGCGGUUGUGACAGCAGCAGUUCUUCUAAGGAGAACUAUUAUGCACCCCAACAACAACAACAGCAGCAACAACAACAACAGCAGCGACAACAGCACAAUAGCAACAUGGGUCUAACACCGCAGCAAUUGCAGCAGAUACGUUACUAUCAGCACAUGCAGCAGCAUCAAUUGCAGUUGCUGCAACAGCAGUUGCUGCAGCGCCGACGCCUACAACAGCAAUUACGCGAACAGGGCGUCGUGUUGCCCAAAACAACAGCAGCAGCAACAACAACAACAACUGCAGGCUUGACUUGCAAUCAACAGUAUUUAAUGCAACAACGCCUGCAGCAACAACAACAGCAGCAACAAUAUGUCAACAACAAUAAUGACAAUGAUUAUUUGAACAACAACAAUAACAAUCGCAACAAAAACAACAUUAAUUACAACAGAAACAAUUACAAUAACAACAACAACAACAGCAACACUCAAGGAAUAAAACUUCGACGUGGCAUGACAGAAUUCUCAACAAAUAUCGACAACCACAACAUCAGCAACAUCAACAGUAGCAGCCACAUCAACAACCAUAACGAACAUCACUACAAUACAUCGCUAUCUAAACCGCUAUCUAAACAAAACUCACCCGCAACUCAUACGCCAUAUAAGAAUAAAAAUCACACCGCAUCACAGCAUCCCCAUCUGCUUUUAAACUUAGCCCAACAGCAACAGCAGCAACUGUUGCCAGUCGGUGGUGUUAAGCAAUACAACGGCAACACGGCUGCAUACAACACAAUCUUGGCCAGCGUCAGCGGCCCCGGGUCGGCACCACAGUCCCCGCUGCACUAUCGAAAGCCCCUCAAUAGCCCCAACAAUUCGCUAUUUGCUGCACAUGCAACAACGGCUGGCAAGCGCUAUCAGCAACAGCAGCUGAACGAUCGCCUGUUGCAGCAGCAACACUUGCAAUAUUGCCAGCAGCAGCAGCUGCAACAACUGCAACAGGAGCUCAAGGAUGAUGGUGAGCGGGAUGCCAGCUUAGCCUCCGAAGCCGAGGAACUGAGCGAAGAGAGCCUCAAACAGAAUGUGGCCAUUGUGCUGAGCAAUUUGGAUCGCUAUAACAGCGCCCUGCGUAGCAUUAUAUUGAACGAGCAGGUGAGCAACAUCAGCAGCGUGAUCACACACAGCAAUAGCAACAGUUUGUUCCUUGACGACGAUUGCGAUUACGACGAGCUGGACAACAAUAACUUUGUGUGGAACGCCGGCAAUCAGCAACAUCAACAACAACAACAGCAAUUUGGGCAGCAGCAACAACAGGGGCAAAAAAUGGCGGCAACAAAUGUGGCAACACCCGAAUCCGAUUACAACAGCAAUGCAACAACGCCUGGUGGCCGCAGCAAUGAGCCUGUCCAGCAGCAGCAGCAUGGGUGGUUCCUGGACUACGGCUACCGGGAUUGUUGCGGCGGUCUACAGCGCAGCGUACUCAGCUCCCUUUACUACGAUGAUUUGGCCAUGAAUUUGGAUGCCAAUCUCGCCGAAGCGGACAUGGAGAGUUUCCGGACUGAGGACAUACAUUCGCUGCUUUCACAAUUGCCCGCUUAUUGCAAGAGUUUGGGCGGUGUUAACAGUCGUCUGCAGCAAUCAUUGAUAUUCCAACAACAGCAGCAGCAACAACAACAACAGCAGCAGCAACAACAGCAGCAACAGAGCAACAUGAUGUGCAACAUGCAGCAGAUGUCGCACAAUAUGUCGCAAACCUCAACAACAUCAACAAAUGAGCUCAUCGACAACUCCUUCUGCAAAUCGGAGUUGCUCUUCUCACCGGUCAAGGAGUCGCACAUCUCAGUGGACUCUCUAGAUAUGGAUGCGUAUCCCGACGAGGGCGACAUUAUACUCACCUGCAACAAGGACAACUAUACCAUCGCAUUCGAGGGCAGCGUUCUCUACUCCGACGACAGUUUCUACGCGGAACCAUGCGACAUUGCAGCGAGAAACAAACAGAACUGCAUCAAUCUGCACAGCAAUCUGGAUGACAUUGUGAAACGUAACAAGGCCCUGGAGGUAUCCAUGUCACGAUCGGCACAAUCCUUUCAGCUGCUCUGCCAGUCGCCCAAUCGGGCCCCCCAAUAAAGCUCAGCUGCAGCGGUAAGUGUAAAACGCUCGUUUCUCCUUGUUUCGCCCGCUCGCAGGUAUCCGUCGGGCAACAACAACAACGAUGGCACAACGACGGAAACAAUCACACUCACACGCCACAUGCCGCAAUGCAGUGUAAGGAAGAGCAAUAGCCUGCCGAAUCUGCAGCGUGCGAUUGCGUUGAGCGAUCGUCUGCAGCGAGAGCGCGAGCAGCAGCAACAACAGCUACAAAGUGGGAGUGGCGAACAAGACGAGGAUCAGUCGGGACCACUGAAUGUGUCGCAGGCCAUAAGCACAUCAACCAUGGAGUCGUGCACGUCGCGUUCCCGCAACCUUUUGCCCAUGUGCCAGAUGCCCAUCUCGAUCAGUGUGUCCAUAUCAGAGCGCUUGCAACAAGAGCAGCAGCAGCAGUCAACAGAUCAGUCGGAGCAGCACAAAGAGCUGGCGAAUGCAGCGACGCCAACACCACAACAGUCGCAGCAUCAGCAUCAGCAACACCAACAUCAUCAUCAUCACUCGCAUCGGCACAAGCAUCGCUGCAGCUGCGCUUUGUCCUCGUCGGCUGCAUCGCAAGCACACAUCUCCGGCUCGGCGUCGUCGGGCAACUCCAAUCCGGCCGCCUUCAAUCUAGUCAAGCUAUUCAUUAAGCAGAAGAGCAGCAGCAGCAGCACCGGCGCCCCAGACGAGGCACAAGCCUGUGCUCUGACCAGCAUGGACGUCUCCUCCGGUUGUUGGCCUUCUAGCGAUGCCGCCGGCUCCAGUUGCAGCAGCAGCUCCCUAGAGAAGCGUUUGCGCAAGAAGAGCAUGAAUGACUCGGGCAAAGGUUCGGCAGUGAGUCGGCAUGAGGACGAUGAGCACUACGAUGAGGCGGAGGCAGCGUCCACGCCGAAGCGUCAGUUGCGCACACGUUGCGAUGCAGUGUUCUACGAUGAUGGCGCCAGUUCUAGUUCGACGGGUUCGUUGACGGCCACCAAUUCGCCGGCCCAUCGGCGACGCAGCGUGCCACUGCGGAAUCCCCAACUGUAUCAGCUGGCGGCCAACACACAGACGCAGACGUCAACGCAAUGCAGCCAACAUUCGUCGGAGGCCAGCAAUUCGGAGCAGCUGACUCAGGUGCCACUCGGCGCCAAGUCAAGGCGUCCACUGUCGUGCGCCUCCAGCUCGGAGAUGAUAACCCGCUCGAUGCAGACAUCGUGCGGCUCGUUGAGCACCACACGCAGUAGUCUGAGUGAGCGAUACAAGUGUGUGCCGCCCUCUUUUCUGGCAAAGCUGCACAACCUGGGCGAGCAGCGUGAGGCGCCCAUUUAUGUCAUCUAUCCGAACUACGCGCUGCCCGAUCUUGGCUUUGUGAAGACCAACACCAGCACCGAGGUCAUCUUCUCGCCGUUCAACUAUAAGAUGACACUGGAGAAUGCUGGCGGCAUUUCCAGCUCGAGUGGUUCGCUGAAGAAGCAACGCAGCAGCCAGACCAUCAAUGAGCAGGAAAUGUUCAAGACAUUAGACUACAAGCACAUUGCGGACUGGCAUUCUCUGGCCACGCUGCUGCCCGUGGAGUAUCGCCGGCGAUUGCAACACAUUCCUGAGGUGCGACAGAUAUCUGGGCAACUCGAUGCGGAGCUGUCGCAGCGACCGCUCUUCUGUAUGUCGCCGCCCAUUCGCCGCAAUCGGUCGAAUGUAUGCGAUUGUGCCAAGAACUUGCAGCAGCAGCAGACCCAACUGACCAUGGAUGAGGCAUCCAGUUCGGGUUCUAGUCAACCCCCCAGCUCCGGCUAUCGUGGCUCGUCCACGCUGCUCACCGACUCCGAAAUGGAUGCCGAUCCGCUCAAGCAAAUGUACGUGUAUCAGUAUGAGCAACAGCGCAUGGAUUCGGGUGCAGAGAUGAGUCCGGCCAGCCGACAAUCGAGUCAGCCUCACACUCCAUCGCAUCCCAUGCCGCGCAGCAUUCUACGCAAAGCGAACUCCACGCAGUCGCGAUCCAAGCGCAACUCCAUGAUCGAGGCCAAGCAGACGCAGCAGCUGACCAAGCUGGAGAAGCGUCGCAGUCUACAGGAGCCGCCGUACAACUAUGCGCUCGGCUCCACGGACGAGCUGGCCGAGGUCUUUGAAGAGGAGGAGCAUGCGGUGCAGACACAGCCGCCAACGAAGCAGCGAUUGUCACGCAAGGAUCUCGAUGCGCGUGCCAGGGCUGAGAAUUUCCUCGCUUCAUUGCCGCGUUCCGAGCUCAAGUAUUACGCGGAGAUUGCGUCGAUUCUAGAGUCUUCCGGCGAGCAGGUGCAAUACGAUGCGGCGGCACUCAAGAAGGAGGUCAGUCGUGUGCUUAGCCAGCAGAAGAAGGUGUCAUUUAACGACGUUGCAGCAGCAACCGAGUCGGAGCUGCAGCAGCAGCAGCACGCCAAACGCUUCUCAACGCCGCCCAAUUCGCCGAACAUUUCCAUUGCGGCGCUGCAGCGACGCGAGACAUUGGAUGUGCAGGAGCAGCGCAAGAUUGAGACGAAUCGCUUCAAGCGGCUGCAGAUCCAAUGGGAGCUGAUGAGCAAGGAUUCCAGCAUGCUCAAAGAGUUGGCCAGUGAGCAGGCAACCAAAAGCGGUGGCUCCACGCCCACGUCAACCAACUCGACGGGUUCCAAUUCAGCACAAAAGUCGCGCAUACCACGACCAGUCAGUUAUCCAGCGGGAAGAAGUCCUCGGUCCAGUGUCACCAAUAUGAAUCCCUCUCCUGCUCGUGUCGCAGUCACGGCCGCGGCCAAAGCCAACGUCACACCGACACGUGCACCAAAGACUGUCACAACGAAAUCUAAAAAUUCGCCCGCUAAUCUUUCCUCCUCCCCACAAAUCUGCAGAGUCAGCAGCGCACAGGAUGCAGCUAGCAGUGGCAAGUGCAGCACUCGAUCGCCCAGUCGCAUUGUGCAACCGAAACGUUAUAGUCUCGCCGGCCCGCCAUCAGCAAACACAACAGCAACCACUCCCACAUCUGCUGGUCGUGCACGCACACCAAUAAGUCGAGCUGGAUCCGCGGCGACCGCACCGAAUACACCCAAAAGACAGAGUGUCGCCCCAUCAUCCAGACCGACUUCACGAGUGCGUUAGGAUCAACACAGGCGUUGCAACAAUUGGCAUUAGUCAGGGAUCAAUAUCGUUCUAUCGAGAUCCACAAUCCACAUCUACAUCCAAAUUCCCAAAACAAAAAAAAGAAAACUCAAAACAUAUUAACAAAGAACAAUGAGACAUUGUAUAAAAACUAGUUAUAAGGCUUUGUGCGGCUCUUCUGCUUAGUUGGCCUGACCUUGGCAGCCUAAAAGUGAUAACAACAAACAUAGAGAAAGAUCUGAGAGAUAUAGACAGAGGGAGAAGAGCGAAGAAGCAGAAGAAUAACGGCCAGUGGUCAGUCGCAAGUGCUAGUAUUUUUUGAUUGAUUUAAGUUGCAAAAUGCGAACUGCAAUAGCGGAAGGUAGCUAAAUUUCAUUUUUAUAAUUACUAUACAAACCGCAAUUAAAAAAAACAUAUUUUGAUGUAUAUAUAUACAGACAGAGACUCACUCACACAAACACAAAGAAACACGAGCGCAUUCUUAAACGUUAUUUCCAUUAGCUAAUCAAAGAUACAAUAACAGACAACAAUACAUAAAUAUAUAUUAUAUAUGAGACAAAAAUUUAUAUAAUAUGCGUAUACAUGAAAUACAUAGUGUGAGUAAAUACAAAUCAGGACAACAACAAAAGUGAAAAUGAUAUGGAUAAACAAAAUAAUUAUUUACCAGGCGAGAAAUAUGAAGAGCUCAAACAAUGAUUAGAAAAUGGAUUAAGCCCCGCAACAUUUAUGAUUUGCAUUAAUUGAUUUCCAAAAGACCUUCAAAACUGCGAAUUGCUGCGAUUUUGUUAUUGACUUUAUUGUUUGACACAACAGCGAAAUAUGAUUUUUUUGUAUGAUUUGGCGUUUUUAUUUGGGAGACGUGGUUAUAUUACCUGCUUUUGCUGCAUAGUCUUAAGUUAAAAGUGAUUUCAAAUUGUACUAUAUACUUUAAACUAUUACUAUCUAUGAUUUAUACUUUAAUCCUAUCCAUCUACUAUCUAUCUAUCUAACAAACUAUCGUGUCUAGAACGGAAAUAACUCUUGCUAUUAAUUACUGGAAGACAUAAUUUAUACUUUAAGCUUAAAUUUAACCACUUUUGUAUCCUUAAUUGUAUAGACAUUUUUAUUGUAUAUCUUCUAUAUAUACAAACCAACACACACACACAUAUUGUAUUGUAUUUGCGGGUGAGAUGUAUCACGAUAAGGAUAUGCUGGAAAAAUAAUUAUAUAUAUACAUAAAAAUAUAUAUAUUAAAUCUAAACAAAAAAUCAACAAAAUCAGACAACAAAAAAUGUAUAAAACACACAAAAAAAAAAAUCAAUAAA